UCCAGAACUGUGACCUCAUAAAGACCGGUAAGAAAACAGUUAAGGAAAACAAAAUGUCCUGGACUAAAGUUGUUGCUAUAACAGGAUGUGACAGUGGCCUUGGAUGGGCUAUAGCUGCCCGUGCGGCUAGGGAAGGACUAGUUACAGUUGCGGGAAUGUACCAAGGCACUGAUACUGAAGCGUCUGAAGCGCUUAAAAAUCUUUGCGCUCAUCCCUUUAAACUAGACGUUACAGAUUCUAGAAGCGUCAUCGAGUUUAGAGAUUACGUGAAGAGUGUUGUACAAAACAAUCCAAAUCACAAAUUAUACGCAGUAAUAAACAAUGCUGGUGUAAUGACCAUUGGUGACUACGAAUGGCAAACGCCACAAAUCAUUGAAAACACAAUAAACAUCAAUUUGCUCGGGGCAAUGAGAGUAGUUUCUGCUUUUUUGCCUGAUUUACGAAUAAAUGCAAAUAAUGGUCUAAAACCUCGAAUUAUCAACGUAGCUAGUCACUGUGGACUACAGCCUCUUCCUGGAUUUGGACCUUACAGCGCAAGUAAAGCUGGCUUAUUGGCGUGGACACGAGCCUUACAACUCGAGCAUGUGGAGGAUGAUUUGAAAGUUGUGGCUUUCAUACCCGGUGGUUUCGUGCAGUCCAGCAAUUUACUGGGAAGUCAAUAUUUAAAUGGUACUGCGAUGCUGGAAAACUUGAGUGAAGAACAAAGAAUAUUGCAUGAAAAGAGAAUAACAAACCUGAAUAAUUACUUGAAAUAUGCAUCCAAUAAUACCAGAUUCGAUUCCAUGAAUAAUGAAAAUCUAAUUGAAACAUUUAUGAAAACGCUCACUGAAAAUAAGCCUAAAAAAAUGUAUAAAGUUGAGUCAUGGCGUUAUAAGUUCUAUUAUAACUUACUAAAAAUACCCUUUCCAGAUACUAUUUACAAAUGGCUCGUCAAAAAAUUUCUGAAAUUCCCUGAAAAUUGAUUUAAAAAUAAUAUUAAACUAUAUAAUUUUAUU